GUUGGGACGGCUGCAUGUCGGAGAAGAGCUGGCGGCCGUCUUGCGAUGUCACGGGACUGGGCGGGGCGGGCCGUCGCCCGUCGGGUGUCCUGACAGGACAAGUCGUUGCGCGCGUGCUGUAAUGAGUGCCCCGUCGCCGUCGACGAGCGGAGUGACUGCCCGAUUCGCCGCUGUUUGCAACAGUAAACGCCGUUCGAAUUUUCGCACUUGUGCCCAUUGCCAACGGAUAAGAUGGCUGCCGAUGCGGCGCCCGGCGCUCAAGGGUGAUAUAGGAGGUUCGGGCAUAUCAUUCACCUCCCGCCCUUGCUUCCGACUCUGACGAUAUGGACACAGUAUGGCCCCAGCACACCGGCACACCUCAGGGAGAAGUCUUGUUCUGUCGAUCCUCUGCCUACAAGCCAUAUGUCUUCAAGUCACCAGUGAGUGUGAUCAGACAUUCGUGAGUCGGCCGGGCGGUCCGCUGAACGGCACCUUCCACGCCCCGGAGUUUCAAAAUCCGCGCGGCCACUCCCGCCAGUGUUUGUACACGUUCCUCGCCGGCCCCGGUCAACGCGUCGAAAUUGUGUUCACAAGCUUCGGGCUGCGCGGAAGUCCACCUGAUGGAUCUGCUGUGGGAGAUCUCCCUGCUUGCGUGCAUGAGUAUAUGGACGUGUACUCGGAGGUGGUGAGGCCGGAGCCGGCUGAACUGAUCAACUCGCCGUUCGGCGGCCGUUACUGCGGCCCGAUUCCGCCGCGACGUCGCGUCUCCCUUUACCGGGCGGUCGCGCUCGCUUUCUACACGGACAAGAACGCCUCCACGGCCGAUCUCUUCACGGGCAGAUUCACCUUCAUCAAUGACUCGGAAUAUCAAGUGGGCGCUCCGGUGGCCAACACGCCGUGCAGCUUCCUCGUGAACGGCUCGGUGAAGCCCAGCGGGUCGCUGUUGUCGCCGACUUACCCGGGCGCCUACCCCAAGGCGCUCGUCUGCAACUACCAGUUCCUAGGCAACGAAAACCAGAGGAUCCGAUUGGAAUUCAGAGACUUUGAUCUCUUCUACGGCGGACCGCAUUGUCCGUUUGACUACGUGCGCGUCUACGACGGCGCUGACAACACGUCGGCCAUCGUUGGCACCUACUGCGGCCAGCAGCGCAACUUGGUGCUGUACUCGUCCCGUUCGUCGCUGCUGGUUACAUUUGUCACCCUCCCACGCACUGCCAAUACUCAGAACAGGGGAUUCAAAGGCAUCUUCGAGUUCGCCAAUUCUUUUACCAAGUUAGACUUUAUAAAAAAGAACGACGGUGAGCAUAUCCGCGGCUCGGAGUGCGAUCAGAAGAUCCUCUCAAAGAAGGAGUCCACCGGCUCCGUGUACAGCCCCAACUAUCCGUUCCCGUAUAUGCCAAAGCUCGUCUGCCGAUAUUUCAUCUACGGCAUGCAAGAUUCUCAGCACUUGGAACGUGUUCGUCUCGAGUUUGACAAAUUCGAGAUUCCAAAGGGUCCUAAAGGAGAUUGCUCCGAGGGCUAUCUGAAGAUUUACACAAAAGGACAAGAGACGACGGACUCCUACGACAAGUUCGAUCACGAGUUGUGCGGCGAAUCGAAUAAGACGCAAGUGAUCGUAAGCGAAGGUCCACGCAUGGUGCUCGUCUUCAGCAGCGGCGAGAAGAUGGGGCGCGGAUUCAAAGCCAAUUACACGUUCGAAACCGAGUAUCGUAUUCCGGGCACGGCUGCUCCGGACGGCAGUUGCACGUUUACGUACCGGAGUGCAAGCAAAAAGAAAGGGGAGUUCAACUCUCCGCGGUAUCCUUCCAAUUACCCAAGCGACACCAACUGCACGUACAGCUUCCUCGCGACUCCCAACGAGCAGGUGAUCUUGAUCUUCGAAAACUUCAAGGUGCGCGCUGAUUCUGCCAACUCGACGAUUGGCUCCUAUGGAGCUGCUGUGUGUCAAGAGGACUGGCUCGAAAUUUUCAACGUGUACCGCGACGGUACGGAACGCAUCGUCGGUCGCUUCUGCGGCAUGACAGCGCCCGGACCGAUUGAAUCAAAUCGAGGUGCAACGGGCCUGAAGAUUGUUUUACAUGCAGACGCGGAUGGUGUCUAUAGCGGCUUCAAGGCACGUUACGUCUUCGAAACAGCCAAAUCCAUCUUUGGCGAUUGCGGCGGCAACGUGAGCAGCCUCGAUUAUGGCGUCAUCAGCAGCCCCAACUUUCCGGAGAACUACGAUGGGCCGACGAAGGGCCCCUCCUCGAAAACAUGCAAUUGGUACAUUAACGUGCGUCCUAAAUACAAGAUUCUGCUCGAUUUCGAGAGUUUUGCAGUGGAGGGUGAUCCGGUCGGUCGAGGAUGCCCAGCUGCGGUGCUUCGGCUGUGGACGAACAUGGCCAACUCACCCAUCGAGCUUUGUGGAGAGAAAGCGCCUAGCGAUAAGUGGCAGUAUCUCUCCGAUUCGAACGCAAUUCGAUUUAGUUUUAUAGCAGCGGAUAAAGCGGUUGGUGCACAAGGCUUCCGAGCCGUGUGGACUGAGGUGCAGGAGGGGCCGAGCUGCGACGAGUUUCAAUGCAAGAAGAGCAACUUCUGUAUUCCGAACAAGCUGCGCUGCAAUGGCGUGAACAAUUGCGGCGCCAGCGACCGCACAGACGAAGACGACUGUUCGGUGGAGGCACCGCCGGAGGACUACUCGCUGGUGCUGGGCUGCGCGUCCGCCGUGCUGGGCGUCGUCCUGCUGACGCUGUGCGUCAUCUGCCACCGCAAGCGUCGGCGGCGCCGACGCAGUGGAGGCGCCAGCGGCGGCGGCGGCGGCCGUCCGUUCCAGCUGCCCGCCCCGGGCGGGGCGUCAGCGUCAUCCUCCAUCCACCGUCGGCCGCCGUCCGUGCUGCAGCACCAGCACGACCUCGGCGAGCGCUACGCCAGCGUCGACAGCGUCUGAUGGUUGCCGCCGCGCGCCACGCCCGCCGCCAGCAAUACGCAACGCAUACAGGGUCGCACGCGAUUUGAUUCUAAUAAUGUUACGCGCGUUUUUUAUUACCGAUCAUCGUCGCCGCCAGCCCGACUAAUCUUAACGAAUACAAACGAUACAAUAAACUGUUACGCACGACGUCGCAGCAGCCGCCGAAGAUAGAGACGACGAAAAUGUUAACACGUGAGACGCCUAAAUACUAUUCUAUCUACUUAAUCAAUGCCGGUGAUCCUUUUAUACAUUACCACAUAAACCAUUAGUAACAAACCCGACGCAACUGUUGAUGCCGCGUUCUCUCCACUCUUUCAUACAUUGAUAACGUUAAAUAAGAGGCCGCAGAUAAUUAACAAUAAACUAAACCAAAGAUGAAAACGACGCCAAUCAAUAUUAAUUAAACUAAAUGCAGGAAGCAACAACACACAGCCCGGAUAAUGCAAAUGUAGAAUUUGUCGUUUGUUCCACAACUAAGUUUUCCAUAAUUAAAAAGAAAAGAAAAACAGAGACAAUCUGAAUCCAAUCUUCCAAUUAUCGUAGUGACAAGUAUUUAAUAAAUUAAAGUAAAUGUAAAUAAAAAGCGCGACAAUUCGAAUUUAGCUCAAUUAUUAAAACGUGACGCGUCUAAUUUGGCAACCAUCCUCCCAGAAACAACAACCGCAUUCGCACCUGCGCAUCCUCAACGUCGGUUGCAAUUUGUUAAACACAUGUUGAAAGUAGUAGAUACAUACAGUCAUCGCGUGGUGGACGUGCAGGGUGCGAAUGCAUAAACGGGUCGGAUGUAAGUCGAGGGCAAGGGUGAAUUGUUGUACGUGUGCAUUGUUGUUAACAAUAUCUCCAUGUUGGGAAAAGCAAGGAGCGUUAAUCUUUUGGUGUCGGAGACAAUCAAGCAACAAACAAACAAAUGAGGAAACAAAAGUGUAUUGCUGACGGCUGGUCGCGUAACGGCUGACAUCGAGAACGUAACAACCGGGUCUACCGCGCUGCGUUUACUACACAGAUGGCGUCAUCGCGCAUCGCCGCCAUCAUUGAAGAUCCACACAUGUCCAAGCAUGUGUGGGAGAGGAGCGUCGUCGUAUAAAACAAUGAAAAAGUGUGCAGUCAAUAAAAUAAAACCACUGGUGAACUAUUUUAACGUAAUGAAAACAAACACAUGAUGAGAAUAUAAAGAACAUUGACUUUUCGUAAUAAUUUUUUAAAGCAUAAAUUAAAUAUGUCGAUAACAAAAUGAAGAAUAGCAUGCUGGCACCGCAAUGACAGCAUGUGAUAUGAUUGAUAUAAUAAACCUAAUAAUAAUAAUAACUGAAUGAAUAACGCAAGAAGAAAAUUAAAUAUAAUCUAGUAAUUUUAUGAUGAAGAAGAGGAAAAAAAAUUGUCGACGCCGGAUGGAAGCGGAUUUGAAAAAUUUGUGACACCGAUUGAAAUUGCGAGGAUGAAAUAAAUUAAACACAAAAAAUGGUUAUUAACAAGUUUAAUAAAAAAUAUAAAUGUUAGUGCGAUGUAUACGCGAGAUAUACCGUAGUUGAACAUUUCGGCGAACGCAGGCGUGUGGCGUUCGCACAUCGAUUGUUUGUUAUCAUAGACGAAUAUUAUAAAAUUAUUUCGUAUGUUUCAACAUAAAACGAGAAGAGAGAAAUUAAAAUUGAGUAUAACACAUACACAUACACCGUGUUUACCGUGGGUUAGUUGAAUUUGUAAAGCGGCGUGGAAGUUGUACUAGUUGUUUCGUAUUCGAGAUUUAUCGGACUGUCGUUUGUGGCCGGCGUCACGAAGGCCACAAACGAGCGUCCAAUAGACAUGAUACGCAUUUCGAUCAUUGUAUUCUGUGGCUAGUCGUUUGUAGGCGGCGCCGCAUGCAACUGACUGUUAUUUUGUUAAAAUUUGGGAAAGCUCAGCUGGCAUUGAAACGAAUGAAACAUUAGCGAAAUCACGAUGGAAUUGUAGUGAACACAUGUAUCGCGCAGAGAGGUAUAUUGAUUGAUCGACUGAAGGAAGUUAGUGUUAUACCACAGAUGUUAUAAUACCACACGCAACACACGAUUCUUUUCUACGUCGAUAGCGCCGUGAAAUAUACGUACCCGAAGUUUACGAAAUUAACGAAACACAAAUGACACUCAGCAGACACAUUCACCACCAGAAGCAAAAUCCAAAAAAAAUAUUAAAAAAAACUAUUCGAAUUAUUAAUUGCAAUAAGGGAAAAUAAGAACUAUUUAGAUAGAUUUGCACCGUCGCACAAAAAUAAAACUAAAUAAAACGAAAAACCAAAAAUGUUUAAAAAAUAACAAUAUACAGACUUGUAACAUAACGUAUUUAAACAAGAAAGUUUAAUCAAAUAAUGUUUACUGUUUUAUGUGAGCUUUUUUGAAAGUGAAAUCUCCACUUCUAUCGACAAGAAACUACAAUUACAAAACCAAAAAAAAAAAAAAAUAACAAAUUAACAAACGAGUAAAGCAAAUUCGUCAAAAGUAAAGAAUGUUUAUUACAUUACGUACGAUUACACUAACUUGCAUACGAGUACAUACAUAAAAUAUUAAUAUGCUAUAUGAUGAAGAAAAUGAAAAAAAAACACUAAUCUUAAGGCAAACAAAAAAUGAAUAAUUCAUUGAGAAAAAAAGGAGAAAAUAUAUAAGAAUCGUGACAAAACACAGGUGCUCUAGAUUUUAUUUUUUACAACGAAUUAACCAUCUUCCUGGGCGAAGCUCUGAACACCAGCGUAGGUAGAACGAUACACUAUAAAAUUAAACAAAAUGAUGAACGUAAAACACUACAAUUAACGGUGAUAAUGCACGUCUUGGUGAUGAUCAUGAAUUUUUGUGCGUUCACAUCCAUACAUUCCCGUAACAUUAUGGUCGUAAGUAAUGAAUUAAUUGUAAAACAAGCAAAGAGAAACCAAGAAGCAAAUGGUGUUGGUAUUGUAAUAUCGUAACAGUAAUACGUACAUAUAUCUGCACAAUGGGAACGAGCCGAAAACCAAGUGCACAGAUGGAUUUUACUAAUUGCCCGAUUGGUUGAUGUUGUCGAUUCGCUUGAGUUGGUGAUAGCAGCGUAAGAAGAUUUAAUUGGAGCCUAAACACCUACUGCCGUGUCGUGCCGUACCGUAGCGUGGCUGAAAACAUACACACAAUUCACAAUCUUGAUUAGAUUCAGUGCAAUCAAUAUUCAGUAACAGCAUAAACUGCAGAGACUCGCUUUCGUCAGUUUUACAUUCAUUGGAAUAGUCCCCAAUAUGAUUCUCGAAUUAUUUGUAAGUUUCGUGCCGUUUGCUCCGAUUUUUAAUAAUUCCAAAACGCAUUAAUGCAUUAUAAAAGAGAAAAUAACAACAUAAUAUACGAUUCUUCACAGUGAAUUGUUAUACUUGCUGACUGAUAGCGAAUAAUCCAAUUAACGUACUCUUAAAGAUUAAUGAAUUAAAUGAUAGAUUUAACGAUGACAAAAUGAUUAAAAGUGCACAUGAACACACCACACCAACACGCAAAACAUAUUUGAAACCAAAAUGUGUACGUCAUAUUUCAGACAUAGCAAGUAAAUGAGAGCCGUACCGUUAUAGCAAUAGAGAUAUAGUUUUAAUUAAUUAAAAUUAAAGAAAAUCCAAAUUUUGAAAAUAACGAAUAUUCGAAGUCUAAAAAUUAAUUUAUCAUUUCUAUGCUCAGUUAAAUUGUUGCCAACAAUGUUUUACUUUGUCUUAUAGGAAAAAAACUUGGGGCUUCCUAAUCAUAAAUAUAUUCAAACAUAUAAACACUUAACUAUAACCAUUUAAACUCAUCAAAUAACUUGUGCAUUUUCUUCUCAAUAAUAACUCAUCAAUUGCAAGGGAUGAUAAGCGAUAAAUGAAAACGAACGAACGGAAGUCAAUAUUUAACUGAGUAUAAACAUUUUUAUUCUUGUUUUAUUUGUUGUUUUGUCUUUGAGAGCACAAUUUACAACGAAAUGGUUGUUUCCCUCGCCGAAUGAUUAAUUUCUAAUGAAACGAGUAAAAAAUCUAAUUAAACACACUGCGAAAAUAACACAAACAUACCGAAAUGUAAACCAGAAAUAAUGCGUGUAAUAAAAGCGUAUAAACACAAUUAUUAUAAAGGCAAGUAUAGUCGUCUAUCGUCUGGGCUGAACAUAUAACUGUAACAUAAACUAAAACGUAAAUGUAAAUUAAAAUACAACACGCGAUGUUUUUUUAGAAUAAAUGCAAUGACUUUUUAGAAGGGUGUGAGAAUUAGGAGAACAUUAACGACACGUCAUCCAGCUGAGCGGCUUUGCUUCGUUCAUUAGCAAACGGUUAGCUUUGAUUCCAGCGACAAUGCCAAUGCAAUAAAACGACUCACUCAAGCCACUGGAGAAUAUUUCCGUUUUUCAAAACGAAACCAAUUGCAUUGCAUUGGUAUUGUCGUAUUUGUAUUUUCGGCCUUUUUUAAAUCGAUUUAACAUAGCUUAUACGUGCAUAAUUGAACGCAGGAUGAAAACCACAAAACGUAAUUAAUGCGAGUGCCAAAUUUUAUAUGUAUUUCAAACGCUAUUGUGUAUUUCAUUAUACAUGUACAAUUAUUAUAGUUGUGAGCGAAUGUUUAAGAUAUAUUUAUAUUUUUAAGAGGAAAACGAUUGUAUUAAGCGCGCGCUACACAAAAUGUUUCACUUCGAGCAUUUCAAACAAACACCAAGUACCCCAACAACCACAUCACACGCAUUCUCAAAUAUUCAAUAACGUGAUUUUAAAUGAGUCAUUUUUAAUAUAUUGCGUCUUCCUAGGUGAUAAUUAUUGAGUAUCUCAACUCGUUUACACGUUCAAGUAAUAAAACGGGCGACAAAUUCGAUAGCAAAACGAAACACUGUCAUUGCAUUUUUUCAUAACAAAGUAAUAAUCAAUUAAAACGUUCGAUUUUAUCGUUUCCAAUCAUCGACCCAACACAAAUGCCAAUUUGAACAACCAGAAGUCACGGAAACCAAUUUGAUUCGUUUAUUUUAUUCACCGUCUGACAUUGAUUUGCAGUAGAACUAUGCACUUGGCAUAUUAAUAAAACAAAAAUAAAACUAAAACAUUUAAAACCACGCGGAUUAUUGGGUCUGCAAAUAAAUGAAGAAAAACAAUUGUUAUUUAGGAUAAAACAUUAUUUUUAAAUAUUACCCACUCGCGAAUAUACAUAGAAUAUUUAUAUUAUAAUGAUAUUUAUUAUUAAAAUAAAUCAAUGAAAAAAUAUAAUAAACGAAAUGAAAUGAGGAAGUACCUACUACGUGUAUGUAUUCGUGCAUAAAACCAAACACACAUAAAUAAAUAAACGUAUAAAAUAUGCAGUUGUGCAAAACCUAAAUAAAUAAUACAAAAAACGUAAAAUCGUAGUGACGGUGUUAGUUAAAAAAAGAGAGGUUAGCAGAAAUGUCUGGAAUUUCGUGUCCUGAGACCAUCUUGGGAAAUGGGAAUAUUACAAUGUUUUUAAAUUAAUGAGAAAUUGUGGACAAUCGAAUAAUCCGCAAUAAGUGCAAUAAGAGCCGGCAUAUGUUUGAUGUAUAAAAAAAAGAAGAAUACUCGUAAGAUUGUCUAUUGAAAACGCACCACGAGGCUUCCAAAAAAAGCAAAAUAAACAAAAUCAUCACACACAUACACAUUCACAUACACAAGACAUAAAAUUAAGAGAUGGUACAACUGCGACAACUAACAAUUAUUCACUCAUUAAACGCACUUUGUUGACUUGAUAUAUUGCUAUAUUAAUGACUUACUAACAACAUGUAGAGAACGAAAUGAAUAUCGCCAUUAAUACUUGAAAAAGACAUUUUAGCGCAGAACAUUUGACACGCUCGUCGAGAGCAUAAAUGAAUUGCUCAUGUUUAGGAACAUUUUUGGUUUAAUAUGUUUAAGAACUCAGUUUGCGCUCGCCGUGCGUGCCAAAAUCAAACUGUGGCAAGAAUUAAAGUUUGCAGACCAUUCAGGUUUUUGUUGGUCAUCGAAGGUACGACAUGAAGUGACUGAAGCAUUGUCGUGGAACGAAUUUUGAAAACUGAAAGAAAUUGGCAUGUGACGCGUGGAUACCGAAGUGUAAAAAGAAUUUGUGGGCGGUUGAUUGUUUUGUUUGAUAUAAAUUUAAUGCAUAGUUUAUUUAAUUGAUUUUACUUCGUUUCUACGUCAUUAUAUUCACUUAGAUUGUACUUAAAUUUGGAUGAUUCUAUAUUAAGUGAAGUCAAUAUUUGACUCCCCUACCUGGUGUUCUGGAACUCGUUCUUUCCACAGAAUUUGAGUAAUAACACGUAAAACGAAACGAACAACAAACACGAAGCAAAGUGAAAAAGAAAAAACAAAGUAACUAACAUAAAUUUAAAUUAAUAAAAUAAAAAAUAUUAAAAACAUAAAAAUACACAAUGAUUGUAUUUCGAAUCUCAUCUACAUCAAUAUGUUAUUUGUUAACCUAAAUAAAAAAGCUGUUAAGUACUGUUAAGAUAAAGAUUGGUCGCAAACUGUAAUAUAUUGUAUCAAAAAUGCUCACAGCGACUAGAAACGAGUAAAUAAACAAAAAGUGUACUCCAA